AUGGCCGAAAAUCCUGAAAUAGGAAAGGGCUUCCAAAAAAAAAAUAAAGAUAAAGUGCUGGCUUUUUGGAAGAAAUUGAACAAUUCCCUCAAUAGCAUGGGCCCACCAUCAAAAUCAAUCUCCGAAUGGAAAAAGGUUUGGAUUGAUCAAAAACGAUACGUACGAAACAAGGCUGUCGAAAAUACCAAAAAUAGGAAAAAGACCGGUGGAGGACCUUGCAAGCAACAUGUUUUUUCUGUAUUAGAACAGUCAAUUUUGGAUAUAACUGCGUCAGUAGCAGCUGCGGAAGGUGUCGAAGAUGGCAAGCCUUUUGGUUUGAAUGCAACGAAAUUAACUGGUAAGCAACGUGAAAAUAACAGUAGUGAUAAAGAUAACAGCUCUAGUGAGGACUCUGAAGUGGAAUGUAGUUGCAUGGACAAGUGCUUGGACGAAAAUAGCACCGAAACUGCCGGUGACACGCAAAGGGAAAGUGCUUUGCCUGCACAAAAAACCAGCCAGCAAACUCGCAAAAAAAUUAACCCUUCGGAGCUAUUAAACAUUGAACUAGAUGUUCAAAAAGAAAUGAAUGACAACGUCAGAAAGGGAUUGGAAAUCCAGAGUCAUCACUAUACUGAAAUAGAAGGCCACUUAAAGGAAUUAAACCAAGGCCUCGAAAACUUUCAAAAUAUUCAAAACAGUUUACUAAAGGAAACAAAACGCCACAAUUCGGAAAUUGAACGGCUCAGAAAAAUUGAAGUUGACCGUAAACUCAUACUUAUAAACAGCCAAAUCGAGGUUCAAAAUUUGAAAAUACUAGCUGCAAAGAUAAGCUUAGGCAUUAAUUAG